CGCCCCCCGCACAUCGUGUCCUCCGGCUGCAUUGAGAAGUGUUAGGAAGGCGGUAUUUUAAGGUGACAACCUGCAAGAUGGAAACCAAGCUGACAUCCAAGCCCAAAUCCAAUGGUGUGAUGAAUGGUGGGGCAAGGAUUGUUGUGGACGAUGAUGAUGAAGUUCUUAGCCCCACCGACCUGUCUGAGAUGUUAGCCGAGGGGACCAAGGAGUCCCACGACAGAGCAGAGAACUGCCAAUUUGUUAAAGAUUUCCUCAGAGGCCGCAUCAAACACGAGCUGUUUAAGAGGGGUACAGCAGCUCUAUACUUUGUCUACUCGGCCAUGGAGGAGGAGAUGGAGAAGAACAGUGACCAUCCUGACAUCGCCCCGAUCUUUUUUCCUGCAGAGCUGCACCGGCGUGAGGCCCUGGCUCAGGACCUUGAGUACUUCUAUGGGCAGGACUGGGAGAGCCAGAUCAGCCUCUCUGCAGGCACCAAGCCUUAUGUAGACCGAAUCCACGAGGUGGGACAGAACAACCCGGUGCUGCUGGUGGCCCACUCCUACACCCGCUACAUGGGUGACCUCUCAGGUGGACAGAUCCUCAAGAAAGUGGCCCAGAGGGCACUGAAGCUCCCCUCAACAGGUGAGGGUCUCAACUUUUAUCAGUUUGAGGGAAUCCAUAGUCACAAGGGCUUCAAGCAGCUUUACCGAAGCAGGAUGAACGAGCUGGAACUGGACGCUGAGACCAAAGAGAGGAUCGUGGACGAGUCCAACCGGGCCUUUGGCUUUAACAUGAUGGUAUUUACAGAGCUUGAAGAGAUUGGAAAAACAAUCAAAGAAGAAGUCCAAGAUGCAGGAUUUGGACACAGUCAUGCAGAGAUCAUGGAGGGAGGUGAUAUCAACAAGUGCCCCUACUAUGCAGCAAAAAUGGCUGCCAGUGGGAAUCCCGUCUACGCUUGUCAGUUAGCCAUGACACUUCUCAGCCAUCCACCCUGUCAGGUGGCUCUAGCGGCCUGGGUGGCCAUCCUCGCUGGUUUCACUGCCUGGUAUCUUCUGUGAGCUCUGACACACUCUUUCUGCCAAACUUUAUCCACUAUACUCUAAAUCAAACACCAUCUGAUAGUAGCAAACAAUAAUCUGAACAUUAUGAAAUAAUAUUUUGCUCCAGACAUUUGUGCUGUAUGUCUAUUGAGGUUCUGCGUGUUAAUAGCUCAGGUACAGUAUUUAUUGUCUUUGAUUUAAUUCACUCUGUUGAACUUACAUUUGUAUACUUCUGACUCUAAUAGUGCAAUGAUGUUAUUGCAUUGUGGCCAUGAAGAGUCAACAGAGACUUUAUGAUGCAUUUUCUUGGCAUGCUUUUUUUCAGAGGUUAUAUGCAGAGUGAUACAGGAAUAUUAAAUGCAUAUCUCAUAUCUAAUUUUAAUAUUAUCAGAUGAAGGUGUAAUAUGAAAGUGGGUCACAUGCUGCGUUGAAUGUAUUGAUGCCUAAUAAUACACCAAUGUACAAAUUUGUGUACACUUUGUCAUGCUCGUAGUCAUGGUGGUUGACAUGUUGACAAAUCAUAUUUAAGUAGCUUAAA